CCGUAAUCUCAGUGCCCAUUUUUAUUCAUGGCACUUAAGGGUGAUCUCUUUAUUGAUGCAACCAGAAAAGGAAAUAUAUCAAGAUUCAUCAAUCACUCGUGUGAUCCUAAUGCUCAGACCCAAAAGUGGACAGUCAAUGGUGAGCUCAGAGUUGGCUUCUUUGCUCAAAAGAUGAUUGAAGUCGGGGAAGAAAUCAAUUUUGAUUAUCGAUUAGAACGUUACGGCCGUGAACCACAAAAAUGUUACUGUGGGACUGCAAUAUGCCAGUGGUUGGCUUGGUGAAUCACCUGAUGAAAAAACUAAAGAAGAAAAAGAAGAGGAAAAAAGACAGGAAAGAGAUAGAAGGAAACGAGAGGAGAAACGGUCGUAUGUCGAAGAUGUUGAUCUUGAAGAUGAGAUAGAGAAACUUAAUGCCAAAAAGUUUGAGAACACGACAGGAUAUCCUUAAUUUGUGUCGACUAAUGGUUAGAGCAGAUAAUUCCAAUUCAAGAGUAAUGCUCCUUCGUCUUGUCCAGUGCAGUACCUCGGCUUGCAAAAGGCUCUUUAUGGAUUAUCAUGGGCUUUCUCUUCUUUGGUCCGGAUGGUGAUUUAGGCUCUGCCUAUGAGCAUGCUUCCAUCAAGAUUGACAUACUGAAGACACUUGAGUGUUUGCCAAUCACCAAUAAGACGCAGUUGACUGACAGUCGUGUACUUGGAGUAGUUGAACGAUGGAGCACCCAGUCAGUUGAAGUGCCGAUCUCCGGUUCUCCCCCACCACCACCACCACCCAGACCUGUUGGGUGUGUUUUAAUGAAUGUUGAUUCUGAUUCUGGGAAGAAAUUGAGUGACACGAGUGAGGACUCAGAUGGUGAAAUGGAUGCCAAACCUGUUUCAGCAGCAAUAGAUUCUUCAAGUGUGGACGACAUCAGCAUGGACUCCGUUGAUGUAGAACAGGAAGCACUGAAGGGUAAACCCAGUUUGGAAGGAUGCUUAGCAGAAGAUGAUAGUAGUGACUCAAAUCUCAGUGAUGAGAAAAAGAGUGCAGUGGAACCAGGGGAAGGGGAUACAGCUGCAGCAGCUACCCCACAGGAUGAAGUUGUCUCUCGAGAACUCCUCAUCCUUCAUGGAAGUAUGGUGGAAUUAGCUAAUAAACUUCUGGAACAGUGGAAGGAUUUGAAGGAAUACUUCCGCAUACCCAAGAAGGAGAGGAUUGAAUUGAUGAAAGAGCACGAGAGGGAAGUCGAGGAAGAAAUCAGGGGACUAGACAAGGAUCGAAAAGAGAAGAAAGCAAGAAGCCAUGCAUACCACAACCACCCUUUUCUUCAUCCAAACAUAUGGAGAGCUUAA